AUGGUGUUGAUUAUGGGGAUGGAAGGGAGCGCUAAUAAGCUGGGUGUCGGUAUUAUUCGAGAUGGUAAGGUGCUUUCUAACCCUCGUGUUACCUACGUUACUCCGCCUGGUCAGGGUUUUAAGCCGACAGAGACCGCAAUCCAUCAUCGCGCCCACGUGGUCAAACUUGUUCGAAGAGCCCUUCAGGAGGCCAACGUAAACGGUGAUGAAUUGGAUGCUAUUGCCUAUACCAAGGGCCCGGGAAUGGGUGGUCCAUUGCAAGUAGUUGCGAUUGUAGCACGCGUAUUGAGUCAGCUGUGGAAUAAGCCGCUGAUUGGGGUGAACCAUUGUGUUGCCCACAUCGAAAUGGGACGUCUUGUAACUGGUGCCAAGUCACCUAUCGUGCUCUACGUCAGCGGUGGCAACUCUCAGGUCAUCGCUUACUCUAGUGGACGCUACCGCAUCUUUGGUGAAACUCUGGACAUUGCUCUUGGAAACUGUCUUGAUCGGUUUGCCCGUAUCAUUAACCUCUCCAACGACCCCAGCCCCGGCUACAACAUUGAGCAAGCGGCUAAGAAUGGUAAGAAGUUUUAUGAGUUGCCCUACGCGGUCAAGGGCAUGGACGUUUCCUUCGCGGGUAUCCUCUCCUACCUCAAGGAACGCGCACCCAAACUCCUUCGAUCUGGUGAAUAUACUCAGGCGGAUUUCUGCUUCUCACUGCAAGAAACUGUCUUUGCUAUGGUUGUGGAAAUCACAGAGCGCGCAAUGGCCCACUGUGACGCUAAGGAGGUGCUGAUAGUGGGUGGAGUGGGGUGCAACCUACGACUGCAAGAAAUGAUGGCCUGCAUGGCAAAAGAGCGUGGGGCAACAUUAUGUGCGACAGACGACCGAUACUGUGUGGAUAAUGGAGCGAUGAUUGCUCAGGCCGGUUACGAGAUGUUUCGUGUAGGCAUGACGACUCCUCUGGCAGAAGCCACCGUCACUCAGCGUUACCGCACUGAUGAAGUUGACGCAAAGUGGCGUGAGUGA